GCAUACAGCUGUACAACCCACACAGCGAAUGCUAAAACAUCAUCUUGGACGACAACAACCAAAGCUUCCCCGAUCUCUCAGGGCUCCCCGUCCCUGGAAGCCAACACCCGCACACAUCUUCGCAGUACGCCAUGGUUCCCCUGUUUUCCUCAUGCCCCGACAUGCAUAUACGACCUCGACCCACUUCCGGUUUGUUAACAAAAGCAAAGCAGACAAGCAAUACCUGCUCCAGGAGCGGGAGGUAGCCGAGGAACUAUUUCAGGCCACACUUGGAAUUUUGCGACAGUAUUCUGAGUUUCUCGGGAAUCUCAAGGAAGCGAACCCUGCAGCUUACACGGCAGCAUCCAAGUAUGUCCCGCCUUCGACCAUUGGCAAGCACGUACGCCAUGUUGUCGAUCAUUUCCGAAUUUUGCUGGCCGAAACAUCCGAACAUGGAGGCCCGCAUUCAAAAAAUGGAAAGGCUUUGAAUGUUAAAAAAAUGAAUGGGGAUGACGUGAUGUUCAUGAAUUACGAUGCCAGGCGCCCCGACGCCGACAUAGCGGAUGAUCCGGAUGUAGCUCUGGCAGCGAUGGAUGAAUUGCGACAUGAUAUCUUGCGAUUAGCGGCAUCGCCCGUUCGCAUAGACACCCCUGUGUCUGUCGCCGCAACAGUUGCAUCGGAUAACGAACGUGAUGCACCGUUUCGUUCAAGUAUGGGUCGAGAGCUGUGGUUUCUUUGUCACCACGCCAUCCACCAUAUGGCUCUCAUCAAAUGCAUAUGCAUUGAGCACUCUGUACCAGUAUCUGAAAACUUUGGAUUAUCGCCCUCAACAAUCAAGCAUACUCAGAAUAAAUCCCGCUUGUGAAUACGAUUUGAUUAUUGUAUUAUUUUAGAUACACUAGAUUGUAGCGUUCAAUGAACUUUCUCCGUCCUCUUGC